CGCGUAACUCCGAGACGUGAUUGAUAUGUUUCUGGUUGUCCCUAACCGUACCGACGGCGGCACGAUCAAUGCUCCGAGAAUCCUUCUUAUGGGAUCUAAUCUGUAAAUGGAAUAUCUCCAAUGGAUAUCUCUUCUUCGUAUUCCUGGAAUAUUAUCUCGCCGUUUCUUCCAACGUCCGCCGCCCAAUUAAACCCUUUGGGGGAAGCCAGGAGACAAAGAACUCAAAGUUUCACCAAUGUCGACCCAUGGACCUUCUGUCCCUUCUCUUCGCAUUCGUCUACAAUGUUAUCUGCUCCAGCCAGCAAUCCCUUCGUGCCCAUUAUUUAAAAGGGCUAGAGACGUUGCCAGCUGUGUCUGUGGUGGUCAGCCUUGGGACAGUUAUUGGGUUACUGCUGCUGCUGCUCAUGGAGGCUUCUCCUUUGCCCUCGGUCGUGGUCAUUGCUUUCGAUGCUACAAAGGAGAGGAGUGUUAAAGAGCUUAAGGCUACCAUUGAUGGAGUCAGGAAGAAGGGUGGCAUUCUUUUCCCUGGUGAUCGACUGGUUUUUCUAGGAGUUUUGGACAAGGUGCCGCAUCCCAUGGGUUACCAAGUGAAAGCUUGCCCUGAUUCAUUUGCUGGAGCAAGCAUUCGUGUAAUGGAAGAGGAAGUUAUCAAGAAAGUUGAUACCUACGUAAACAUGCUCGUGAGAAGUGCUGGAGUCUGUGAAGCCGAAAGGGUUCGUGUUGAAGUUACAAUUACUGCUGGAACUCCAGCAAAACAGGUUGUGCUUCAAGAAGUUGCAGCUUGCAGUGCAGCGUGGCUUGUAUUAGACAGGCAUUUAAGAAGGGAUUUGAGGUUUUACCUUACUCAGGUUGCUUCCAAAAUUGCCUUAAUUCACGAUAACAUGUCGGUGGAAGUUGAAAGAGAUCAUACAAAGAAUAUCUCAGAUGUUACAGAGCAUAAGUCUUUUUAUUCAAGUUCGAGACAUGUUCCAGUCUUGAAUUAUCAAGGUCAUGGAAACAGGAGGCACUUAGUAGUUUCAAGCAGCUCUUCCUCUGGGGAUUCAUUUAAUAAAGAAUCCAAGUGGGAAAUGGACAGUAACAUCUCGUCUGAUCUUGGCUCUUCUGGCAGUCAUUAUGUAUCAGGAUUUAUUUCCUUGCCAUCCAUAAUAAGUAUCAUGUAUUCCAAAGCAGAAACUGAGCAUCGUGCUGAAAAUCAAAUCAUGCAAAGGCAAUUCAGUGAUAUCUUCAGACAGAAGUCCUUGGAAGAACCUAUUCUCUGCUCCAUUUGUGGCAUCCGGACUGAUCUGAAUGUCAAGGAUUCAAUGAGAUUCAACUUAUCCGAGAUUCAGCUUGCAACAGACAAUUUUUCAGAUGCCAAUGUCUUGGGAGAAGGUGGGUAUGGUCAUGUCUACAAGGGUAAGCUGCAUAGUGGACAGUUCAUUGCAGCGAAGGUGCACAAAGAAGAAAGUCAGCAGGGGUUUUCAGAAUUUCAAUCUGAAAUUCAAGUCUUGAAUUUUGCCCGCCACAAGAAUAUAGUAAUGCUUUUGGGUUUCUGCUGCAAGGAAAACCUUAACAUACUUGUUUAUGAGUAUAUUUGCAACAAAUCAUUACAUUGGCAUUUAUUUGAUAAAACAGCAGAUACCUUACAAUGGAACCAAAGACAUGACAUUGCCAUGGGAAUUGGCAGAGGUCUGCGUUUUCUGCAUGAAGAAUGCAGAGGCAGCCCAAUCAUACAUCGAGACAUGCGGCCCAACAAUGUUUUGCUCACUCAUGAUUUUGUUCCUAUGGUUGGAGAUUUUGGUCUUGCAAGAUGGAAGACUGUUGAUCCUGUGCAGACAAGACUACUCGGCACAUUAGGUUAUCUUGCCCCCGAGUACGUGGAAAGUGGUAUAAUUUCUGUUAGGACAGAUGUGUAUGCAUUUGGUGUUAUCUUGUUGCAGCUAAUAUCAGGACGCAGAGUAAUUGAUGCCAGGCAGCAAGAAGGACAACAAUCUAUUAGAGAAUGGGCAGAACCAUUGAUUGAGAAGCUCGCUUUGCACAAGCUUAUAGAUCCUCGUCUAGGAGAGUCAUACGAUACAUAUGAGCUAUACCAAAUGGCUAAAGCAGCUUAUCUCUGUGUGCGAAGGAACCCUGAAAUGCGACCUUCGGCUGGACAGGUUCUGAGCCUGCUUCAAGGAGAACAUGACCGCAUGCAGCAUUUGAGAGACACUAUCGUCCCUGAUUAUAUUAGUGGAUGAGAUGGGGGAUGGAAUUUGCUGCACUUGAAAGCUUUAAGAAGUAUCUGAAGGAGAUCGAUCCAAACACUUGUUGGUACUUAUCAUAGAUGGAACUGUGUCCUUAUAAUUUGAUUCUCUUGCGGCUGCAAUUGAACUCAGGUUCUGUGAAUUUGUUUUGAAGUUCUAGACUUCGAGAUCCUCUUCAAAAUUUGAGGGACAGCCACCCUCGAGUACGUCAUGCAUUUUCUUUGUAGAUAUUUUCCUUCUUAUCAUCUGUCAGACCAAAUGAUAGAAUAGAACCACUAUAGUAUAGUGGAGGCAGGGUGGCGAAUGAUCUCUGGAUUGCACAUCACUAUCUAUUGUUACAGGAGCCAACUUAUGAUGAUGAUGAUGCCCAUAGGGACUCGUCAUUGGGUUCACUUCGGUUGAUAGCAAAAUGCAAUUGUAGGUCAGCAAAAGCAUCUAGCUUGGGAUAAGGAUCCAGAUGAAUUUGUAGUCAGAAUCGAGAAGCUAGGGUAUGUGGUGUCACUAUUAAGUAAAUCUUUUGCUAUGAAGUAAAAGAGAGUUCCAACUGUGCGUUGACCCUCCACCUUAUUUGGACUGAGCAACAGUAUUCUGCACCAGAAAAGUGGGGAAAGAGAGGAAGGGAUGAGAACCCAUAUGAACAUGGGGAGAGCAAUUUGAUGGGAACAUCCAUUUUCUUGGAGCCAUUGAUAGUGUUUCCUCUACUUUUUCAAGUGUUCUUUUUGUGUGUGUGUGUGUGUGUAUUCUUAUAUGGAGCUGCAAUGAAAGAGGAGACAUUUUUUCUGUUGCUAUGCUUUGGUGUUAGUGUAUGGGGAUGCAUUCCUUGAUCUCGCCGAACAAGAUACAGUUGACGGGAAAGCAUGAUGAAGAAGAAUGAGGAUUGUGCAGUUUUCUUUAAGUGAUGUAGAGGGUCCUCAGGUUUGGAAUAUGAAUUCGAUGCCUUCAUGUUGUUAGGCAAUGAUGAAUCUAAGGAACUUGGCAGGCACAUUUUGUGAGGUUGAAAGCCAUAAGGGUUCAUGUGGCUGGUUCUCUAACAAUGGGAAUAUCGUCAUGAUGUCAUGGUCACUAACCUAGGAAGAAAGAAAAGAUCUCUCGACAAUGCAUUCUUUGUCACAUUGAGGAGAUUAUUGCAUUGGUCAUAUUUUUUUUUUUUUGUCCAUUCUAGAGUUUUUAUCUGAAGGAUUCUGCAUUGUAGUUUGACCGUUGUGAAACUCCGAUAUUUUUUUAUUCUCAUUUUCUCUUUGUAUGGGCCCAUAGCCCCAGACUCUGUUUGAUGGACCUAGGGAGGGCUUGAGUUGAGAUGGUCACUUUUAGGCCAGGGCUCGCUCCGCCAUCCUUCAUCUUUUUGAUAACACUUGAACUUUGGAAGAUUUUCAAUGGGUAGGAGUACAAUCCGAAUGUGAAUGUUGCGGGUAAAAUGGG